UCGAUCCAUGCAUAAAAGGCACUCGGCAGGACAAUUCGAUGUCUCAGUCUCACAUUCUCUAUCGAUGCGAACGAUAGGAUACAAACACGUGGACGCAACGGACUGCCUGUCCCUCCCUCCCUCCCUCCCUCCCUCCCUCCCGCUGUCAGUCACUUUGCGUGGAGUGCUCUUGAUCCCGACCAGUCUGCCGGCGGCGCCAGCCUGUGUUCCUGCUCCUCUUGCGUACCUUGUGACUUCUGCGCACACAACAUGCAUCCAUCCAUCCAUCCAUCCGCACACACAUCAUUUCAGCCGCAGACAUACAGCCAGACAGACAGAAAGACGGGCAAUCGAUUGUUCCCUUCCUGGUCAGUCAGCUCACCAUGUAGAGGGCUAAUGCCUCGCUUGGGCCGUCACCUGCGCGAUAGGCCGACCACACAUACAUACACAGACACGACAGCAAUGCCACAGGCGCUGUGUCUGUGUGUCUCUCUGUCUGUCUGUCUGUCUGAUCACUCAAUCACUCACCGGGCAUGAGUGCGAGGCAUUUUUGCAGCAUUUCGAGGGCUCUGGUCCACUCGCCCUCGAUGUAGAAGGCGAAGGCCUGCCGCCAUGUGGACUGGAACUCGAGGGAUAUGCCUUUCUGCAGAUUCACUAUAUCCUGGUCCUGCAAGUGCAUGGAUACAUAUACAUGCAGGCAAGUGGGCAACGUUUGUACGUAUCUGCCCGUUGAUUGAGUGCCUAUUGUACGCUCUUGUCACUAAGGCAGGUUGACUGACCAUGAGGAACAUCCAGUCGACGCCCUUGGCCGCGAGUGUCUCCAUUGUCAUUUCGUUGGGGGGGAUCAUCUGACCCACCAUGUGACCCUCGGGUGUGGCGAAUACUGACAUAGCACAAACACACAUGCGGAUGGUGAGACCAUCUGUCGUUUUCGAUCCUCACUUUUCUUGUUGACAUCGAAGCAGAAGAUGCCGACGGGUGUCUUGGUGCCCUUGAGCAUCACGACAUCCAGCUGCCGGCACCUGUCACGGGCCUUGGGAGACAAAGUCUGGUACAUGUGCUGACAAGAAACGAAAAGCGGGGAAGCGAGCUGCUGCGAGUCCUUUAUCCAUCUCGGAUCGGUCUAGCUGGCCACACAUGCGUACCUGUGACAUGAGCAGGUCCACUCCGUAUUGUUUCGUGGCGCUCUGCAGCCUGGCAGCGAUGUUGACGUGCAGAGACAGAUAGGACGCGUCGAUCUUAUACUCACUGCCAAUCGCACCUGAAUUGCGGCACACACAAGACCGACCAGACUUUCCAGCUUCGGGUGCAAGCGCUGCGUGACGUGGCUGGUUAGUUACUCACCCUCGAUAGACCAUCCGCAGUGCAGUCCGAAGCCGAUAUGGACGGCAUAGUUGAGGCCAAACUUGGGGAUAAUUUUCGGGUGCUUGGCAUAUGCGGACAAAUCAGACGCACGACGAAUCUCAGCUGCAUCAAUUAAUGACAGCACACACAUCUUCUGUCCACGUGUGCGUCAAUCACCGCUCGUACGUGCCGACCGAUGAUUUUAAUAAAAGAGACGAGGGCCCUGUCGGCGAGUUCGGUCAUUCUCUCGCUGACGUCCUUCUCCUCCAGGAAUUUGCUUCUGGUGCGCGUCAGCCCGAGCUCAUCAUCACUAGGGUGGCCCUCGGGUGUCCGUGUUUGCGGGGCCACAUCAACCAAUGGGGUCUUGACAGGAGUGCCCUGGCGGGACUCUGACACACCGAUGAGCUUCUUCUGGUCCUCUGUCUCGAGAAGCAGCCACACGAGCAGGAAGGCGUCGCCGAUGUUCUUGUUUGCCGCCCCGCCCCACUCGUGCACACACGUGUGGACAAUCCGCGCAAUCUUGUUGACAAACACCAUCACCUAAUCCACGCACACACAUACGCAUAUGGGCUUAGUGAUGCGUGAUGUGCACGUGGAUGCACCUCUUCGAGGAGACAUUCAGUGAUGUCUUGGAAGUCCUGGAUCUCGGCAAAGCCAUAAAUGGCUAUCACCUUUCGCCCAGGGAUCAUGUAGUCGAUGUCUCCCGACUCAUUCGACAUGUUCUUCCCGAUUAUCGGGGCCCCCGCCUCACCAAAACCCACCUGACGACGCGUAGAGGAGUUGACAAGCUUUGAAACAAAAAGCGAAGGACAGUGCAAUCUCCACGCAGCCACCUGCAAAAGCCCUCCAAUUUUAAGUAUGGUGUUUUCAAGCAUGCUCGUCUCGAGUUGGUUUGAGCCCUUUUUUCUGUUCAUGGCGGCGAAUUCCUCGUAGUCCUCAUCGACCACUUCCGGCUUGUUGAGUGGGUCGUCGGCAAGCUGUUUGACGAUGUUGACCAUCUUCUCGAUUGGCUCGAUCACCUACUCCACACACGCACAUACACACGCACACGAGUUCGUGGACAGUGCGAGCCGUGUUGAUAUGUGUGAUGCAUGUCUGUCUCACGAGUGUCUGUGUGUCUUUGCUGAACGUCAUAGCCCCGGCCCCCAGCAAGAAGACGAUGAAGAUGGUCGUCAGCAUCGACAUGCCCGCCGACUGCACACUGUAGUCCCUGGUCGAUCGAUUGCAUGCGAAACGGAGGAAGGCAGAUAGAGGAAGUAUCCCUCAUCCUUCCUCACUUUUUGAGAAAUUUGGCGGCAACAUUGAUUUCUCGGCAUGCAUUGCUGCUCAGGCAUUCCUCGGGCGUGAAAACCACUAACUCAACCUGCAGACAUAGACUGUCUCCUUUCUGUAAGCGUAUAUCUCUCCCUCCCUCCCUGCCUCUGUCUGUCUGUCUGUCUGUCUGUUUUUACCUCACUCUCUCUCCACUUGCAUUCAUCUCGUGUUUGGAAGGAGUCGCAUUUGACGUCGGCUUCCCAUGUCCCCUGCGGGGACUCAACGCGCCGGAUGUCGUGAAUGCGGCCGCCCUCCUCGAAAUCCGGGAUGCGCAGCCACAGGAGAGGCUUGGCCAGGUCCCCAGUUGAGCUCUCUUUCUCCCCCUGCGUCUUCGAACUCGUCGCGUACGCAUACACCAUGUACCUCCAUCCCUCGGUCGUCAACCACGCUGUAUGCGUACAUCCAUGCGUGCAAAGGAAAUCCAUAUCAUUCCAUGGCAUCUGUAAUACAUGUGUGUACCGUUCGAGUCGUUGCUAGAGUGUGGGAGCCCGUAUUUGCACGCGAAGUCGGCAUUUGGAGUGUUGCAGAAGCUGCUGCCGUAGUAGAAGAGCUGUUGCAGGCCGUGGUAUCCACUGUUGUCGCUCUCCUCAUAAGACAAGCUGAAUGCAUCCAUCCACCCACCCACAACAGAAGCCCUGUCACGUCACGUCCAUAUCUGAGGUGACAGAGGGCUGACUGACUUGGGCAGCACAAACAGCACGCACAGCACCCCAAUGAUGACUCGCCGAGUGGUCUGCUCCGACAGAAUCUUCCCUAAACGGCUGGCCUCCACCCGUCUUUGUGCGUCGUGUGCAUUCUAAUCACAGUACAUACAAUCCGCGUCAGUGUAUGUGAUCAGGGAUCGAUCGAUCUUACUCACUUUGGUUCUCUGUCUCUCCUCUUCCUCGAGUCUCUUGAGCUCUUUCUCUUCCUCAGUCAGCUCGGCCUCCCUGCACCCACCCAUCCAUCCACGCAUCACGUAACGGAACAGAGAGACGCACUUCUGAGAAGGACACCUUGUGUCGUCCGCCUUGUGUUGCCCCUGGCCGACCUCGAGCAGCAUUUGGUGACGUUGACGACUCGCACGAGCCGCACCAGACGGACCAGACGCACAAUGCGGCCUGCGCGAGUGCCUGACCGAUCAAGACAUGCAUGUACGUGGAAUACCAUAAUAUCGAUGACAAUGACAUAUGGCAUAUCUCCAUCCAUCCAUACCAGCUCUGGAUGCGCGUCCUGCCCUAGCGGCGGUUGCGUUGACCGAAGAUGUGGAGGUGUCGAUGCCAAGCAGGAAGUUGACCGGGUCGAUGAAGUACUUGAUGUCCGGUACGAGCGAGAGGGUGGCCACGAGGUCCAGCCAGAAGAAGAAGGACCACUUGUAGCCCUCCUGGAUGAUCGAGUUGAUCGUCAGCUCCGUGGCGAAGCAAAGGAGCGAAAAGAUGAACAGGGCGUAGAAGUAGUGGUCGGCUGACUUGGGGAAGCUGUACAGCCGCAUGUCCUCCCCAAACAAGGCAAACACAGUCGUCAGCGUCAUGAUGGUCUGCACAUACUUGCCCUCCAUUAUGGCAAUAGACUUCUCCAGAAUGCCCUUGGGCGCAUCUUCCGCCGGUUGUGGAGGAUGGGCGUGUCCAGCUGACAUGACGGAUGCCUUGCCGGGAGAGCUGGGAGGUGUGCUUGUCGCCUUGGGCUGCUUCUUUCCACCCAUGGGAACCACAUCAAAAUGCAUUUCCUCGUCGGCAGCCAACAGCGGGUCUUUCUUCCGAGAGAACAGAGACGUGAACUUCUUCAUGAUAAUGCCUUCUCCUGGUCCUUCGCGCGAUGACGAAGGGGACCACUUUCGUG